AAUAUGGAUUUUUAUAACUUUACGUAAGUUCUAUUGACAGAUUUAAUCUUACGUUUUCAAGCAAGAUUGAAAGAUAUGGCCACGAACACAGCACAAGACGCCGUCCGAUGCAGCAUGUGCACGGAGGUCGUCGUCUUCCUAUGCGGCAGUUGUCAUGUUAACCUUUGCGGACAGUGUUUACCGACCCAUCUAGACAGAAACAAAUCUUUGAAGCAUGAAAUUCUUUCAUACACCUCCGAGUCUGUCCAACCGAAACCACAGGCAUCGGAAUGCCAGGACCAUCCUGGAGAAUCUCGAACCCUUUACUGUCAGGACUGCAACGUCCCAAUCUGUUCGCAGUGCCUGAUCAUGACGGGGAAUCACAAUCGACAUGGGGCAGUGAAACUGGCGGAUUUCUCGGAAAAAACCCGGAACAUUAUCAUAGAAGAUUUGAUAGAAUUGCAUCAUUUUGAAAAAGAGUAUUCAAUGAUUGUCAAAGACCGGGAGAAUAAAAUUAAGAAGUACACCGAGCACAGUAAUCAAGAAAAGAGUUCGUUAAAAAAACGAGGGCAAGAGUUGAACCAAAUCCUCACUAAAGCAAUAGAAACAAUUGAACACGAGUUGACUGAUAUGGUUAAAGAAGAUCUUCAGAUUUUACAAAACGAUAAAGACAAAGUGCAGAAUUCAUAUCAAGUAGUAAAAGACUGCAUUGAACGAAACGAACAUAUCUUGAAUGAAGAAAAUUCCUUUAAAAUGCUUGAGUACAAAUCAAUCGUAGAAGAUUUACGGCUUGUACCACCUAUGAAAGACAUAAGUCCACCAAAACUGAUAUUGCCAGACGUGAAAAAAGAAGAAAUCAUUAAACAAGUUGUGUCUCUCCAGUCAUCUGUACACUCCACUCUUCCAGGUUUUACCAUAAGUAAAACGGGCGAUGUUACGAUGGCUUCAACACUAACGAUGAUGGAAGAGCCAACUCUUCUUGUAGUUCUUUUAACGCACUGUACAAAAUUAAAAGGAAUCUGCUGCGAGUCUGAGGAAAAGGUUUGGAUUUAUGGAGAUGACGAGAAGAUUAAACAGCUAGACAAAUCGGGUAAUGCGUUAAAUUCCUUCAAUGCUGCAUCUGGAACCAGUCAGAAAGAUAUUGCGAUGAAUAGUGAUGGCAAUAUUGCAUUUUCUCACAAAGAGGAUGCAUGCAUUUAUUUAGUAAAGAAGACCAAGAUCGAGAAGUUUGUCGAUGUAUCCGGCUGGAUACCCUAUGGUCUCUGCUUUAAUUCAGACGGAGAUUUAAUGGUCUGCAUGAGACGGAAUGAUUAUACAGAAAGCAAAGUGGGUGUAUUUGCCGAUGGUAAAUUGAAACAACAAUUUCAAUUCGACGAUAUUAGGAAACCAUUAUUUUCAAUAAGCCGGAACAGCAUGUAUAUCUGUGAAAACGGAAAUGGCGACAUCUGUGUUUCUGACUGGAACGCAUGCGCAGUGAUAGUGAUGAAAAAAUCCGGAGAAUAUCGCUUCCGUUAUACCGGGUGUCUAUCGCGCAGCUUUAAAGAGUUCUAUCCUCACGGUAUUGCAACUGACAGUUACUGUCGUAUUCUGAUCGCAGAUCGAGAUAAUAACUGUGUUCAUGUAACCGACAGAAACGGAAAGUUCGUCCGGUAUAUCACGUGUGGUUUGCAGGAUCCGUUUGUUUUGAGCUUGGAUACAGAGGAAAAUCUUUGGGUUGGAGAAUGCGACACUGCCUGCAUCAAAAUCAUCAAGUAUCUUGAGUGACUUGAC